AUGGCCGUGGUGGCAGCAGUCCAACAACCAGGUCCUGUGCCGCACAGCACUUCGACCUCGCCCGACGACGCAGACAAGGCAGAUCCGGCUUCAAUCCGCGACAAGGAGGGUGUUGGCGAGCGCCGCGUUUCCGUCCCCGGCGCAGGCAGCCUGGCUCUUGACGAUGUGGCCGCCGUGCAAGUCCGGAUCCGAGACCUGUCCGUGUCGGUGAACACGGCGCCGUCGUGGCUCGACCCGUCCACCUAUCCCGACCUCCUCGCCGCCAGGUUCGACACCGGGCCGCGUGUCAGGAACCUCCUCGAGUCUGUUGCCGCCGACUUCCAGCCGGGAACGCUGACUGCCGUCCUCGGCGGGAGUGGUUCUGGGAAGACGACGCUCCUCAACACCAUGGCCGAGCGCAUCACCAGCCCGAGACUGUCCCGGAAGGGCCACGUGGUGUUCAACGGCCAGACGGGCGUCCAUCACGUCCGCCACGCCUACGUCAUGCAGCACGACUCCCUGCUGCCGACCUUGACGGUGCGCGAGACGCUCCAUUACUCGGCGGCGCUGAGACUGCCCGCGACCACGUCGGCCGAGCACCGGCGUGGUGUUGUCGAGGACGUCAUCCGCGAGCUGGGCCUCAAGGAAUGCGCAGACACCAGGAUUGGCAACAGCCGGCACCGUGGAUGCUCGGGGGGGGAGAAGAGACGGGUCAGCAUCGGCGUGCAGCUCCUCGCCAAUCCCUCCGUCUUGUUCCUGGAUGAGCCGACGACCGGGCUCGAUGCCAUGAGUGCCUUCCAGCUCGUGCGAACCCUCAAAGCCCUGGCCCGCAAAGGCCGGACCGUCAUCACGACCAUCCACCAGCCUCGCUCCGAGAUCUGGAACCUGUUCGACAACCUGGUGGUCUUGUCCCGGGGCGGCCCGGCAUACGCAGGUCCCAUCGCCGACUGUCUUCCCUGGUUCGGCCGCCAAGGGUUUGCCCUGCCGCCCUUUUUCAACCCGGCCGAGUUCGUCGUCGACAUCACCGCGGUCGAUACCCGCACUCCCGAGCUCGAGGCCGACACCGGUGCCAGGGUUGGCGGCCUCAAGUCAGCCUGGGCGGAGGAGAGCGUCAGGCGAUACCCGCCGCUCCUCCACGUCGUCGACGGCAGAGAGCGGAAGCAGAGGCAGAGGCAGAGCCGUCUCGUCGAGGCCCAUGCCGGCUUCCGGCGCCAACUGCAGGUCUUGACCGGCCGCACGCUCAAGGUGACGUGUCGUGACCCCCUGGGCAUGGCCGCGGCAAUCAUCGAAGCGGUCCUCAUGGGCCUCGUUACCGGCUACAUCUUCUUCCACCUCGGCCGCGACCAGGCCGGAAUUCGAUCCAGGGAGGGGGGCCUCUAUACUGCCGCCGGUCUGCAGGGAUACUUGAUCCUGCUCUUCGAGGUGUACCGCAUGACCCUGGACAUGCCCAUAUUCGACAGAGAGUCCUCGGAUAAUUGCGUCGACGCCCUGCCUUUUGUCCUCUCAAGGCGGCUGGCCAGGCUGCCCACCGAGGAUCUUGCCGUGCCCUUCCUCUUUUCCGUCUUGAUCUACUUCAUGGCUGGCUUCGACCGCACAGUGAGAAAGUUCCUCACGUUCUUCGCCAUCACUCUCGCCAACCACUACGUGUCUGUCUGCUGUGCCAUGACAUGCGUCGUCGCCGUCAGGCACUUUGCCGGCGCCAGUCUCAUUGCCAAUCUGGCCUAUACGAUCCAAAGCAUUGCCUGUGGAAUGUUUGUCCAGGUCAACACCAUACCCGUCUAUGUCAGAUGGAUCAAGUGGAUAGCCUACAAUUUCUACGCCUUCAGCGCAUACGUCGGCAACGAAUUCGAGGGCAACUUCUACGACUGCCCCCUUGCGGGCGGUUCGUCGAAUCCAGGCUGUAACCAGUACAGUGGCGACUAUGUCAUGGCAUCCCUUGGUUUUCCUAGCAACUGGGUGGCUCGCCCCAUCAUCGUCCUCGCGGCCUUUGUCGUCUUCUUCCUCGGCCUAUCCGUCUUUGGGCUACGCUACUUAAAGCCCGACAUGACGAUUGCCCGCGCCCGUUCAGCAGAUACAGACCUGUCCGCCGGCAAAGAGAAGAUGACGGCGCAGUCCAUCCCGGAAGUCCGAGCCAUCGACCUUGGACUCGACGGCUUCGCCCUGGGCCUGGACAAGAGAAACGUGUACGGCAAGAAACUGGCCCGCAAGACAAUCCUGAAUCCCGUCACAACCACGUUUCAAGCCGGCAUGCUGAACGUCAUCAUGGGUCCCUCCGGGAGCGGCAAGACGUCGCUUCUCAACGCCAUGGCACUGCGACUGCGGAACUCGGUCGGCACCAAAUACCGGCCGUCAGGGAGGUUGACCUUCAAUGGCGCUGUGCCGUCCGACUCGGUAACCCGGUCCGUCUGCUCCUACGUCUGUCAGGACGACGACGCUCUACUCCCGUCUCUGACUGUACGCGAGACGCUGCGGUUUGCUGCCGGGCUCCGACUGCCCUCCUUCAUGAGCAGCGAGGAAAAGUACCGCCGCGCCGAAGACGUGCUCAUGAAGAUGGGCCUGAAGGACUGCGCCAACCACUUGAUUGGCAGCGACACGGUCAAGGGCAUUUCCGGGGGGGAGAAGCGCCGUGUUUCCAUUGCCGUUCAGGUUCUUACGGAUCCUCGAAUCCUGCUUCUCGACGAGCCAACUUCUGGCCUAGACGCGUUUACCGCCAACUCCAUCAUGGAGGUGCUGCAAGGGCUGGCCAACGAGGGGCGGACGCUCAUCUUGACCAUACACCAAGCCCGGUCGGAUCUGUUCAAGCACUUUGGACAUGUGCUCCUCCUUGCGAGGGGAGGGUUCCCGGUCUACGCGGGCGCCGCGAAGCAAAUGCUGGGAUACUUUGGCCGGCGUGGAUACGAUUGUCCGCAGCACACGAACCCGGCAGACUUUGCGUUGGACAUGAUUACCAUAGACCUACAACAGGAUCACCGCGAGGCAGAGAGUCGUGCCAGAGUGCAGAAGCUGAUACAGCACUGGAGCAGCAGGCGUGGACCGGACGAACUGGACAACAAGGUGAACCGUCGGCUGUCCGGAAUCCAAGAAGCCGACGAGCCAAGUGAGAAGAAGCUGCGCGGGGCGUCAGCUGACGAGGACGUCAAGGAGGAGGAGAAAGGGUCGAGAACAACAGCCAACAUUGCUGCCGCGGAGGAGGGCAGAGCAUCAAACGGCUCACAACUCAACAGGGCCAAUGUAUCUACACCCGCGGAGCUGGGAGCCCUCGUGCGUAGACGGGCAUCGAUGCUCACGGCUCUGCCACUCCUCCUCCAGCGAGCAAUCAUCAACAAUCGCAGGCAGCCUCAGCUCAUCAUGGCACGUACCAUGCAGGUCGUCGGGCUCGCAGCCGUCUUCACGCUCUUCUUCGCCCCCGUGGGCAACGACUACUACGCCAUCCAGAACCGCAUGGGCUUCGUCCAGCAAAUCGGAGCAUUCUACUUUGUAGGCAUGCUGCAAAACGUGGCUGUGUAUCCGAAUGAGCGAGACGUCUUCUACCGCGAAGACGACGACGGCGUCUACAGCGUCGAGUCCUUCCUCGCCUCGUACACUCUGCUCGAAGUCCCGUUCGAAAUCAUCAGCUGUCUGCUGUUUGGUGUCCUGGGCGUCUUUGCAGUUGGACUUCCAAGAACAGCCACCAUGUACUUUGUCUCUGUCUUUGCCUGCUUCGGCGUCGUGUCUUGCGGAGAGAGUCUGGGGAUCAUGUUCAAUACCCUCUUCGGACACACGGGCUUCGCCGUCAACAUCAUGGGCAUCUUGCUUUCCGUGGCAAACUCCAUGGCCGGCGUGCUCUCCAUCGACAUGCCGGAUCUGUUCAAGGCGGUGAAUUAUGUCUCUCCCAUCCGAUACGCGACGCGAUCCGUGGCUCCGUACUCACUGCGCGGCAUCAGCUUCACCUGCAAUAGUGCGCAGCGGCUACCGGGGGGGAGCUGUCCCAUCCAGACCGGCGAGCAGGUGUUGGAUCUUUACAACUUCAACGUCGACCCGGUCGUCAAUGUUGCGUGCAUGGCGGCGUGUGUUGUGGCUUAUAGGCUCAUAGCGUGGGCAUUGUUGAGACUUAUGAGGGCACGCUGGGCUGAUGGGAAGAGGCGGCACCAGCGUUGA